GUAGGGGGCGGGGUCUGGGGCGACUGCUGCUGUUUUGCUGCUAGUGGAGGAUAGGCAGCCGCUGCGGGAGGCAGCUGCGGACACCGCCGCGUCUGUCCGUCAGUCCGGAGGCAUCGAUUGGAGCCGGCCUUUCCGAGCCGAAGAGCAGAUUUCCGUGAUCCUCUGGGACUGGCCGACACGCGUCGCUGUACUUCUUAGCCAGCUCCCACAGGAUUCGGGCCAACGCCCCCUUUUCUCCGGGAGGUUCCCCGCGCCGAGCUGUCCUUCCCGCCUGCAAUGGGGCCGGGCUGAGCUGCCUCCCGCCCUACUGUCCCUUUGCAGGGGAGAAAGGAGGAGGGAAGGGGAGGGAUGGAGGAGCUCGGGCAGGAGGCGGUGCUGCUCUUCCUCACCCAAAGAGGGGGCCGAGCCCGCAACGCUGAGCUGGUGGAGCAUUUCAAGGGGGCCCUGGGCGGAGAGCCGGAGCAGCGAGCCCGGGCCCGGGAGCGCUUCAAGCAGCUGGUGAACGCCGUGGCCACGGUCCGAACCGACCCUGCAGACGGGACUAAGUACGUGUACCUGAAGAAGAAGUUCAGCGGCAGCGGGUUGUUUCCCCCGCAGCACCCGGCGCAUGUCGGAGCUCUGGUCUCCCAGGUCCCCGAGGGGGGCGAGCCCAGGGCGGGAAGUGAGCAUCAUUCCUCACCUCCAGCGGGGCCGGUGGACUUGAGAAACGGGGAUGCGCUGAGCCCACCAACCUCUCCCAGAAGUGAGGAGCCUACCCUGGUGGUGCCGGUCCCGGAUCAGCAGCCACGGCCAGUGGCAGCUCUCCAGGUAGUGCCCAGCAUCUCGGUGACCGAACCUCCGGAGCUUGAGGAGGCCCCAGGCCCUUUGGACCGCGCUAACCCGGCUAACUCUAAUGGGCCUGGGUCACCAGAGGAAAGAGCUCCUCUCUCUACUGGGGAGCACCCGCUUUCGGAGGGCACCCUUGAGGAGAAUGAACCAUCCACGGACCCGGAAUCACCUCCCCAACUAGUCUCCAGUGAAAGCAGCAGAAAUGAAUUGCCGAGAUUGGGGCAGGUGCAGUCCCUGGGAGUCGGGGCGCGGAGAAAGAACUCUAGGCGCAAUGUACCUCUUCUCCGGGGACUGCCACAGGGUUCCUGCGGUGGGGAAGAGCCCGAGCUUCUCUCAAGAAACUGGGAGGAGGGAGACGCCUGCAGCUCCCCCGGAGGAGUCAGUACUCCAAGACCUGGCCGCAAGAAUUUGCUGGACCUGAUGAUAGGCAGCUCCCCGCAGCUUAAGAGGAGCUUCUUUGUUGGGGGAAACAAUCCUGGGGGCUCUUCCGCAGGGGGCUCUUCCGCAGGGGGCCGUACCACCAGAGGUGGUGGAGACUCGGACACCGCUUCCCUGGCUUCGUCUUCGACCGAGGAAGAAGGAAGCGGAACCGGGUCUGUGGCAUUGGACCCCCUGGAACAUGCCUGGAUGCUGUCUGCCUCGGAUGGUAAAUGGGACAGCUUGGAGGGCUUGCUCACUUGCGAACCUGGGUUACUGGCCAAACGUGACUUCAUCACUGGCUUCACUUGCCUUCACUGGGCUGCCAAGCACGGAAAGCAGGAACUCCUGGCCAUGCUGGUCAACUUUGCCAACAAACACCAAUUACCGGUAAACAUCAAUGCCAGGACCAGCGCAGGCUACACUGCUCUGCACUUAGCAGCAAUGCACGGACACGUGGAGGUGGUGAAGUUGCUAGUGGGGGCCUAUGACGCGGACGUGGACAUUAGGGAUUACAGCGGGAAAAAGGCCUCUCAGUACCUGAGCCAGAGCACCGCAGAAGAGAUCAAGAAUUUGGUGGGUGCCCUGGAAGAUGAUGAUGGAGAGAGUACUUCAGAGAGUGGGGGUGGUCGCUGGAAGCUCUCUAAAGUGCUCCCUUCACAUCUUAUCACAUAUAAACUCUCUCAUGUACUGGAUGAUGGGGGAGAUCACCACCACCACCACCAUCAUCACCACUCCUUGGUUGAUGGGUCAGCUGGGGGCAAAUCAAUGAGUCGUAAAGCAUCAGGUGGCAGCAGCAACAGCAGUAGGAUGAGACCUAGACUCAACAAAAUCCGAUUCCGAACACAGAUCAUUCACAGCACUCCCUCUUUCAGGGACCCUGAACAACCACUAUUCGAGGAAGAAAGACCACUUAAAAGCAGCUCUUCCUCCUUCAAACUAAGACCGAAGUCCAAUGUAUUCGGGUAAAAUUUAUUCCUUUGGGCAUAAUUUAAAGUAUAGUAUGUGCCCUCUUGACAUAGGAAUUCUGGGUGUCAAACAGAAUUAGAAAUUAGCAUAGGCAGGGGGAGGAGAAAGAGUAAGGAACAUCAACUCCGUGUUCUCUACUUGGGGGAGGGGAAGGAGAAGGCAAAGAGGUCAUGCAUUCCCUUUGGUAAACCAAUAUAUAAACAAGCUACCGGGCUAGGUUUUUAAACCUUUCGGUAAAUGGCUGAUUCUCUAGAAACACUGGCUUAUUUUGGGCGAGGUGUAUCGGUGCCAACAGAUUCCUUCCCCUUGGAUUAUUUUCCCCUCUAUUUCCCAUAUUUUUAGGGUCUAGACAAAGUGAGAGGAACAACUUUUUUUUUUUAAUGUUACCUUUUACUGUUACUGGAUUUUAUACAUAAAUACAUCGAUUUUGAUGCAUCUGUUUGAAUAUAAUACUCUCAUAGGAACAAGAUAAACAGUUUGUAAUGAAACUGGUCUAUGCUACCCCUGUGUUUUCCGUAAAUGUAUUUGCUGUUGGAGGUACUAUUACUACUGAAUGUAUAGUCAGCAGAAUACAAAAGCACUGAUAAAGAAUGUUGUAAGUAAAAAUGGGAGUCUUCAGUAGCAGUUUAACUAUUUUAAAAGCAACUUCAGUUAAUAAUCACUGUGAAUUCAAAUGUUAAGUAACAUUUAUUUUUUAGUUGUGUUCAUCUGUGGUACAUUCCAUCUAACUAUACAACAGCACUUCACUCAGUACUGACUUCUCACAGCAAACGUGGAAGACUCUUAGCACCCAAUCAUGCUGUAAAUUAAUAGUUCUUUAUUAAUGCCUAACUCAGUGUAAGUAGUAAAUAUUCCUACUUAUUACUUUUUAAAUUGGCUUAUAAUCUAGGGAUCAUUUAACCAACUUCCUUGCUUUUUCUUUUUCUUUUUUUUCCUGACCCUAUAUCAUGGUGCUUGGAGUUUAAAUGCUUAAAGAAAUGAUUUUUAAUUUUAGAUGAUUAGCUAGAAUUGUCAAUCUACUACUCGGUGAAGUCAGCCUUUAAUAGACUAUUACCAUGAAAUAAUUAAAUUUUAAUAAUUAAAUAAUUCCCACUUAAGGUACACAAUUCAUUUCUUCCAAAUAGAAUACUUUUUUAAUUGUAUGUGCUCUAAAGUAAUGUUCUGCAUAUUUUAAGAUUUUAGUCUAAACCCAUUAACUAACCUUAAUGGCUUUCUUGAAGUUAAUAGGUUUGUAUACUAAUGGAAGAUAUCAAUUAAAAGCCAGGUGGUGAAUCUUCCAAGUUUAAAAAUGGCACUUUCCCUUCAAGAAGUAAGAUUCAGGGCUGGUCCUGUAACUUUGAAUGCUGCUGGUUGUCAAAUCCCUUUGUAUAUAAACACAAUUUAAAUAAUGCCAAUUAAAAUCUAAGAUUUUAAAGUGUGGCUCCCAAUUGCAUUUCCUUUAUAUAUAUUAAAAGUGAAUGGCUUUAUAUUUCAUUUUAAAAUCUAACUCAAAAGCAUAUUAAGACCUCUGUCAUUGAAUGAACAAAUUCUAAGGAGAUCUAGCCCAAGCAUAUCUGCUCUAUCAGUUCUCACACAUAGCAUUUCUGGUACUCUAUUGCAAACUUACAAGCACCUAUCUAUCCAGAUAAAGAUAAUGAGGGUAAGGGAACUUCUCCCAAAUUACCAGUUUAACCACUGCAUAGUUUGCACAGGGCUACUACAUUUAGAGUUCUAUAUCUUGACAUACAACUUGGUAUCAUAACUUUCCUUAGAUGGGGAAUGUUAGUUGCAUAAAAACAUAUAUGAAAAAUUAUCCUUUAAAAAAUGUAAGCUAUAUAUUUCCUUGGUGCCUUUACUUUUUUUUUUUUGUUUGCUGUUAUAAAUAUGGGGCAUAUCGAUGCUUAAAAAGCACUUUUUACUCUCACACAAAUGGGGUCAAGAGCCAAUCUGUAAUCUUGUGCAAGAUAAAAGUGGAUUUGUUAUGGGAAGAAAACUCAUUUGUUCUGUGCCAUCUGUAUAGGUUAAAAGGAAAACAUCAGUUAAGUGAAGCUUGAAACAGUCUAAUAAUGCAGAAUAAAUUGUAAAUUCCCAGCUCCCAAGUUGCAUUAAAGCUAUAAGCUAAGGGACAAGAGUUAUCCUGACUGAAAAUGUUAACCAUCUAAUUACUAGUAUAAAAAUUGGUGUAGUCUAGACAUUUCUAUUUUGAAAUAAAUAUAAUUCAGUAACAUUUUGGUUAGAAUACAAAUAUAUUUGAAUGUAUUGUUGAACAAUCAAAAUACUAAACUAUUAUUAGGAGUGGUAACUAGUUGAACAGAGUAUUUUAUUUUAAAGAAUUUUGUGGGUUUAUUAUACCAACUCUUUGUAAAUCUAGUAGUUUAUAUAUAUAUAUAUAUAUAUAUAUAUAUAUAUCUUGCUUUUACCUCCCUCUCCCACCAAACUAUUUGUUUUGGCUUACACAUCAAAAUAUAUUAGUAUCAUUUUUAAAAGUCAUUCCAGAUAGGAGCUACUUUAAGUCUACCUACCUAAUCAUAAUGUGCUUGUGUGCUUUGAAAUCUGUAGCAUAUAUUUCACUUCUUGACACUUUACAUUUUCUCUUGGUUAUUUUUUUUAAUUCCAAAUCAAGAGAACAUAAAAGCAAAUUAUUUGUAUUCAUCUGAAAUUUUAAAGUUGUGCCUGUUCAUGGAAACAUGUAUUGGAUGCUUAGAAAGAUGUUUAUUCAAAAACUGUGAUACAAAAAAAUGAAUUGUGUGUGUCAUAGGUACACUUGAAACUAUUGAAUGUGUAUUCUGUUAACUUUUUAUGGUAUGUGUACUGCAGCUAGCCUGUGUAACUUGAAAUUUUCAACCAUUUUAUUGUGUCUUAUGCCUAAAAACUUGGGGGCCAGGAUGCCUUGUCUUUAUAUAUAUAUAUAUAUAUAUAUAUAUUUAUGUACAUAAAUAUAUAUAUAUAUAUAGUAAAAGUUUGAGAGUCUGAGAGUUUGAUUUGUGUGUAAGAAAUUGAACUUUCAUUUUGCCAAAAUAAAAGUUUCCCACUAGAA